UGACUAGCCCUUUUAAUUUCCGGGUUGCUCUCCUCGCAGGCGGCAGUUGCUCGGCUGCGGCUGCCAGCUGACACUAGCUGAGGAGGGGAGCUCAAAGCUGACUCGCUCGGUCGCACCUUCGCUCCCUCUCUCUACUUGUCUGUCACUCGGUCGUGUCAGCGAGAGGCGGCUAGCCGGCGCACCAUCACCACUACCACCACCACCACCAUCAUGGCGGACCAAGGCGAAGCCCCGGUUCCUGUCCCGCAGCCGCCGCCGCCGACGGCUAGCUGGCCAAUUACCAGGGAGUCGUACGAGCUACAGGAAGUCAUUGGUAGCGGGGCCACAGCGGUGGUGCAAGCAGCAAUGUGUUCUCCCAGACAGGAGCGCGUUGCCAUCAAGAGAAUCAACCUGGAAAAAUGCCAGACCAGUAUGGACGAAUUGCUGAAAGAAAUUCAAGCAAUGAGCCAAUGCAACCACCCCAAUAUUGUCACUUAUUAUACUUCCUUUGUGGUGAAGGAUGAACUGUGGUUAGUCAUGAAGCUCCUGAGUGGAGGCUCCAUGCUGGACAUUAUCAAGCACACAAGCAAAGAAGAAGACAAAAAUCUCGACGAGCCAAUCAUUGCCUCCAUCCUGAAAGAAGUCCUCGAAGGCCUCGACUACCUGCACAGAAAUGGACAGAUCCACCGGGAUGUGAAAGCCGGGAAUAUUCUACUGGGUGAAGAUGGAUCUGUUCAGAUUGCAGAUUUUGGCGUAAGUGCAUUCCUGGCCACAGGGGGCGAUAUGACAAGAAACAAAGUCCGAAAGACGUUUGUGGGCACGCCAUGCUGGAUGGCACCAGAGGUGAUGGAACAGGUACGAGGUUACGAUUUCAAAGCAGACAUUUGGAGUUUUGGAAUCACGGCCAUAGAACUAGCGACGGGUUCUGCGCCCUAUCACCGCUACCCCCCUAUGAAGGUCUUAAUGUUGACGCUGCAGAACGAUCCACCCACUCUGGAGACGGGUAUCGAGGACAAGGAAAUGCUGAAGAAGUACGGCAAAUCGUUUAGGAAGCUAAUAACUAUGUGCCUUCAGAAGGAUCCCGCCAAAAGGCCUGCAGCUGCAGAGCUCUUGAAGAGCAAAUUUAUCCAAAAGGCGAAGAACAAAGACUAUCUGGUUGAAAAGCUCUUGUGCCGGGCUCCUAAGAUAUCCCAAAGAGCAAAGAAGGUGAGGCGCGUCCCGGGCUCAAGCGGCCACCUGCACAAGACGGAGGACGGCGACUGGGAAUGGAGUGACGACGAGCUGGACGAAGGCAGCGAGGAAGGCAAGGCGGCCGUCAACCAGGGCAGGUCACGGCGGCUCAAGGACGACUCCAAAGUCGACGAGGAGAAUGUCAAGAAUGUUCCUUUUGAUGGCUUAUCCAGCCACCAUCCCCAGGUGGAGCCGUUUGGGGAUUCGCUCUACAUUCAUAGUGCUGUCAACUUGGUCCUGCGACUCAGGAACUCCAAAAAGGAACUGAAUGACAUCCGUUUUGAAUUCACUCCCGGGCGAGACACCGCUGAUGGAGUUUCCCAGGAGCUGUUCUCCGCGGGUCUUGUCAAUGGGCACGAUGUGGUUACCGUCGCUGCUAACCUUCAAAAGAUUGUCGAUGACCCAGCUACCUACAAAGUGUUGACCUUUAAGCUGGCCUCGUGCUAUGACGACACGGAAGUCCCAGACGAGGUGAAGCUGAUCGGCUUUGCGCAGCUGAGUCUGAGCUGAUGCUCUCUUCGUGCCUCCAGCAGGUGAGACGGGGGACCCACACGGUCAGGGUAGACAGGCUGAGGAACAAAAAGCGCCACUUCCAGCAAACAUCCUCCCUCCAACAACCCCCCCCCCCUACCCCAAGCACCAAACGUACCUGCGUCCCUCCACCCAGCACACGACCAGGGAUCAGGAUGAAGCCCAGGAAAACCUACUCAGGAUGUGAAAGAUGAUGUGAGAUGUAGCUUUGAAUGUUUUAUUUAUUUCCUUUUUUUUUUUUUUUUUUUACAUCACGUUACCUCUCGCGUUCCUCAAAGCUCUUAUUUAUUGAACCCUCCCUCCCCCCCAAAUCCCCACUUCUGCCAAAAAAGAAAUUUUCUCCGCCCGGCAAUUCAAAAGCACAACGACCGUGCUGCGCCAGGUUUCUUCUCUCAAGCACAUUUUCAAAAUCUAACGAUGAAUGUCUUUCAUAAAAAGACGACGGGAUUGUAUUUUAGGGGGACGAGGAUUUAGGCCACGGUGAAAAGAAUUGCGAGAAUAAAGUUGUUGGAUGGGGGGGGGGGGGGUGAAUGUCAAAUGGCCUGCAGGAAUGUCAACCAUUCAAUAGCGUUUAGAGAUAUUUAUUCUUAAAAGUUUACCAUUCAAUUCUCACAAUGAAGACUUUUCCUGCGGAAUAUACUGAUUAACAAACCUUUAGGGUUUUUUUUUUCAAUAAGGAAUGUGACAAAACUUUUUGAGAUGUUUUUUUUUCCUAGGACGUCAGGUUUCCAAUAAUUAUAGUUAUUGGGAGGGGGGGGGGGGGAUUGAUUCUCUAAAUUCCAACCUAUGGUACAACCAGAGCUCAAAAACCUGAUGUGCCAGAGCCGUUUCUGAUUUAAAAUUUGUUUUUGACUAGUGUUGAUAUCAUUUCAUCCCCAAAAAUAUGAAUACUUCUUCCUAUAAUCUGAAUAUUAUAUUACUCUGCAAUUAUGCCUUUUUUAAUUUAUUUUUUUUGCUUGAAACAUUAAUUUUUGUAAAUUUCUCUCAUUUUACAAAAUGACACCGUUUGUCGCAAUAUUUGAACGCCGACUACAAGCCAUCUUUAUAUUCGGAAUUAAUUUUCAGUGUGGCCUCAAUAAUCCUUCCUAGUAGUCCUCACAUGGACCACAAGGGUUGAGGUUCCAGGGGGGGAACAAAACAAAACCAAACCAAAAAAAAAAAACAGACCCAGAAGCUACUGAGUUUGAUUUGCUGCUCCCGUCACGACAGUGUUAUUAAUGUUCCACAGCGCUCAAGGUGCCUUGUUCAUUUUCAUGUGCCUAUGACAGUAUCGUCAUACGAAAGAGCAGCGUCUACCCCAUUUCCAAUUUCACACCCGCGUUAUUCCACUGAGCGAAGCAUCGUUACGUUAAAUGCACUUUUAAGGCCGAGUUGCGUCUGCACCCGACAAGCAGGCGCCGCCGCCUUUUUGGAGACAAGUUAAGUUGUGAUCUUUGUAUUUUUUUUUCUCCCCCCCCCCCACCCCCCACACACACACACGCACCAACUGCAGCUGUGUUGAUGAGAUGUGAUCGGCUCGGGUUUAUCUAGUUUCACAGACUCUUUUCAUUUCAAUUGCUUUGACCCGCUGCACAAGACUUAAUACUCCCCAAACUUGGGGGGGGGGGGGGGGGGGGCGAAAAAAAAAGCUACAACGUACUGUGUGUGCACAAGACGAUUAAUGGCAACAAUAUGGAAAUGACAAUGAAACCAUUUUGUGUGCUCAACGUGCAGUCGCUCGAAAUUAUUUUUACGUGUUGUGUUAAAAAAAAAAAUCCUACCUAAUUAGCAAAUUUCAUUCAAUAAUUCUCUUUUUCUGUACAGUAUCUGUAACUAUGUCAACAUAUUUCAACUGUUCAUGACCUGUAACCUGUUGCUUGGUGACAAGGAGCAACCAAUAAAUUGCUAUUUAAAACA